AUGGUUUUGAGAAGAAGUAAAGAUGUGUUUGCAAAAUCUACGCAGUGUAGAAGUGUUUGCAAUAAUAGAGGGUAUAUAAAUAAUAGGUACUUGAAUUAUAUACAAGGGAAUAAACAAAUAGAAUAUAGAAAUCAUCAUACUUUUAAAAAUACAAACAAUUUAAACAUAAGAAAUAAUGGAGUAAAUAAUUUUGAAAAGGCAACAAAACAAUAUAUUGCAACAAAUAAUAUUGGAAACCCUUUUUCAAACAAAUCAAAUAAAUUUGAACACUAUAAGAAUCAUUUUUCAUCAAAUAAUGUUAGUAAUUCCAAUGAUGGAGAAGUGGAAGAAGAAAACUAUCAAACUCCAAAUGAUCAGGAAGACAAUAUAAAUAAAAAUAAUAUAUGUGCAGAAAAAACAAAUGAAAGCAAUAAUAUUGAUAAUGGCGGCAAUCAAGGGUUGCCAAAUAGUGAUCAAAUAACUAAUGAACAGUUUAAUGAUAAAGAUUAUUCAAAUAAUGUUAAUAAUAUAAAUAAUAAUGAAGAAAUAAAUGACAAAGAUACAACUUAUACUGAUAAUAAAGCAAAUGCACAGUCUGAAAAUAUUAUGGAAAAUGAUGAGGACAUACCAAACAUUUUUGAUGUUGAUGAGAAUUUAACUGAAAAGGAAAAAAAAGAAAAACUAAAAUUAAUAAAAUUAAUUACCGAAAAAUUAGCAGGACCCUUAAAAACAAAUAAUGAAAACAAUAUAAAAACUGAUGAAAAUUCAAAAAAUGAUGAUGAUUUUAUUUUUGCUGACAAUCGCCCAAUAGCAAUAGAGGUCGAUGGGCCUUCACAUUUUUAUGCCAAUAGUAAUAGAUAUACAACUUACACAAAACUUAAACAUAGAAUUCUUACAAAAUUAGGAUAUAAUGUUAUACACAUAAGUUACUUUGACUGGAGGAAGUUGAGGAACAAAAGUGAAAGAGAAGAAUUUAUUUUAAAAAAAUUAAAAGAAAAAAAUGACGAAUUUUUAGAUGAAAAUGAUAGAAUAUAUUAUAACGAAAGAAUGAAGAUGAUUAAAGAGGAUUAUAUGAAGCAUAUGAAUGAGAAUAAAGAAAUGAAUAAUUAA